AUGGCUUCCUUCCUCGUGACAGCCCUCCUCCUUGUGCUGUCCGGGCUGCUUGCGCCACCAGGGGCCACGGCCCAGGACCUCGUUGCCCAACUGGACUAUGGCACCUUUGAGGGUGCCUACUCGGCCCAGUACAACAUCUCGUACUGGCAAAAGAUCCCGUUCGCCCAGCCGCCCGUCGGCGACCUCAGGUUCCGCGGCCCGCAGCCGCCGCUGCCCGUCGCGAACGGCACCUUCAACUCGACCCAGCCCUUCGACAUGUGCGUCCAGCGCACCGUCAACGGCUCCGAGGACUGCCUGUACCUGGGCCUGUACUCGCGGCCCUGGACCAAGGGUGAGCCCCUCCGGCCCGUGGUCGUCGUCUUCUACGGCGGCGCCUUCAUCCAGGGCAGCGCCUACUUCAGCAUCCCGCCCCCGGCGUACCCGAUCCUGAACGUGUCGUCCGAGACGGACCUGGUCUUUGUCUACCCCAACUACCGCACCAACGCCUUCGGCUUCCUCCCGGGCGCCGAGGUCGCCGGCGACGCAGGCUCCGACCUCAACCCGGGCCUGCUGGACCAGGACGCCGCCAUCCGCUGGGCGAGCAAGUACGCCGCAAGCUUCGGCGGCGACCCGGACUCCAUCUCCAUCUGGGGCCAGUCCGCGGGCGGCGGGUCGGUCGUGGCGCAGGCCAUCGCGCGCGCGGGGGCCCCGGACCGGCCGCGGCUGUUCACCAGGGCGCUCGCGAGCAGCCCCUUCUGGCCCAAGACGUACGGCGGCGAGUCGUCCGAGGCGCAGGCCGUGUAUGACAUGUUCUCGACGGCGGCGGGCUGCGGGACAGGCACGGGGAGCCUCGGGUGUCUAAAGGCUACAGACCUGCAGACGCUCAGGAACGCGUCGCUCGCCGUCGCGGCCAGCCACACGUACAACUCGAGCAGCUACACGUGGGCGCCGGUGAUCGACGGGCGGUUCCUGACCAAGAGGCUGAGCGAGGCCGCGGCCGCGGGGGAGGUCAACAUGGACUCUGCGUGGGGCAUGUAUAACACCCACGAGGGGGAGAACUUUAUCCCCCCUGGGCUCCAGAAUGCCCAGGACAGCGGCACGCCCCCUUUCAACUCGAGCGUGGCAAGCUUUCAAGACUGGCUCUCUGGGUUCCUGCCGGGCCUUGACGAGGCCGAUCUGGACGAGGCCAAGGCGUUGUACCCGGAGUCGGGCAGCGCCGAGGCCGUGCCUAGUUAUAAUGGCUCUUACACGCGCGCUGGGCUGGUAUACCGGGAUGUUGUCCUGGCCUGCCCGGCGUACUGGUUCUCCGGUGCGGCCCCGGAAGGGAACUAUCUCGGGGAGUACUCCAUCUCCCCGGCCAAGCACGGCAGCGACACCAUCUACUGGAACCAAGUAAACGCCGUGCAGAAGACGGACCCGUUGCACUACAGGGGCUACGCCGGGGCGUUCGCCUCCUUCUUCAUGACUUCCGACCCCAACGAGAUGAAGCUGACCGGCGACGGCGAGCCCGGCGUCCCGCCGCUGCUCGAGUCGGGGGACGAGUUCAACAUCAACGCGGCCGGCUUCGCCCAGCUCGAGCUCACGCAGUUCAAGGGGCGGUGUGAUUUCUGGAAGAGCGUCGCCCCCAAGAUCCCAAUAUAGAAACGCAUGGGCUCGGUGGCCGGGCUCUGCCUGUAGUAUUAAAGUCCAAGAUAGAAAUACAACUAGCACUGGUAGCA